AUGUCGACAGCCAAUACCUCUUUGGGAUCCUAUUCGCGGAAGAAGCGAAAGAUCGUGCAGAUUACCCACCCUGCUCCCAUCAUAAAACGCUCUGAAUAUUAUCUCGGCUCGAUACUGGUCGGUAAUGCUUGGAGCACUGUGAGAGGCACGGGCUACGUGAAGAGUGGGGAUCCCAUUCUGGUGGAACGAGAUACUCUACAAGAUGAGGCUGCCAAAAGGGACGGCAAGCUCAAUGGAAAAGGAAAACAGGGGACCAUAAGCAACAUGUUCAAGCCUAAAGGAGGACAGUCUAAGAAAACAAAAGUAAAUACCAUCGUCAGACUGACUAAUAUGAGGGGAUUCGAAUUCGGAAGGCUGCCUACUGACGUUUCGAACUGGGUCUCAAAACUGCUUGAUCUCGGUAUUAUCAGCUUCAAUGGAAGCACAAUGGUGGAUUGUCCCGAAAAGCUUUAUUCAGGCGCAGAUAUGCUGGUCUCUUUGUCGAUAUAUAUGCUACCAUCGGCCUUCCAGCGCUUCACUGUCAAUCCGUCUUCCGGUACCGAACCCGCACGGCCCAAAACGAUGUUCAAUGAAGGAUCUGAGACCAUGGAGGAAGAAAUGCUUCGUCAGCGCAAGUCCUCGUUAAAAUCUUUAUUCGACAAGGUCGGCCUUAGAGCAAUAGCUGGUAAUAACGGCACUCUCGAUAAGGAGAGUAUACCUCCAGGAGGUUCCUCUCGGGCUCCAGCUUCGAAUGGGGCUACUGGGAGAAGGGGUCUGGAUAACGUGGAUAGUCUCCAUGUCGAAAACGCAGAUGAGGAGAACGACGAGGAAGUUCUGAACGAAAAUGACUUAGACGCUAUAUAUAGACGUGCGCAAGCCAACGAUGCUGAAAUGGGGGAAAUGGAUCCUUGUGACACAUUUACGCUCAAGUUGAGACCGUAUCAAAAACAAGCUCUUUUGUGGAUGUACUCGCGCGAAACCGGUGCGGCGUCUGCUCGUCAAUCAACUUCUAUGCACCCGCUAUGGUCCGAAUAUACAUUCCCCCCAGAACCAGACCCUGAUGGCAUGCUCGACUUGACCGACGAGGAAAUUCCCUUCUACUACAAUUCACACUCUGGUGAAUUGAGUCUUGAGUUUCCUUGUGCGGAUAACAUCUGCAGAGGCGGAAUUCUUGCAGACGGUAAUCUAACUUUCUUUAUAGUGGGAAUGGGUAAGACAAUCAUGAUAUCUUCUCUCAUUCAAACGAAUCGUGGCGAGAAGCCUGAAGAGGUGGUAUCAGUGGAAACCGACGAAGAGCAGCAACGGACCAAACAGAAACAGCUGAGGCUAGAUGCUGCCUUCCGGCCAGCUGUGAAGAAGCAGAUCAUCCGACGAAGCAGAGCCACCCUCAUCAUCGCACCAGCUUCCCUACUUGAUCAAUGGGCUAAUGAACUACGCCGCUCGAGCCAGGAUGGAACAGUCAAUGUCUUGGUGUGGCACGGUCAGAGUCGUGAGAACCUUGAAACGUUGAUUGAUUCGGACGUGGACGCAAUCGAUGUUAUCAUCACGUCAUAUGGCACCCUUUCGUCGGAACAUUCACGCCUGGAGAAGUCGAGCGACAAGUCUGUGCCGCUGUUCAACAUCGAAUGGUUCCGCGUCGUAUUGGAUGAGGCUCACAAUAUAAAGUCGCGAACCAGCAAGACGGCUAGAGCAGCUUUCGAUCUCAGGGCUCCACGGCGAUGGGUGCUUACAGGUACACCGAUUGUGAAUCGCCUUGAGGAUUUGUAUUCUCUUCUCCGAUUCUUGAAUUUUGCGCCUUGGUCAGACCACUCGUUCUUCCGAUCCGUCGUCACUCUCCCGUUCCUCAACCAUGAGCCCAAAGCCCUCGAGGUCGUACAAGUUAUCCUCGAAAGCGUUCUGCUUCGUCGUGAAAAGACCAUGCGAGAUCGCGAUGGCAAUAUGAUUGUACAACUGCCGGACAAAGAGAUAAAACACGAAUACUUGGAAUUUGGUCCAUUAGAGCGCAGGAUUUAUGAUGGCCUUUACGACAUUAUAAAACGGAAGUUUGACAGCCUAAACGCGAGCGGCCUGGUUGGAAAGAAAUAUACUCACAUCUUAGCAAUGCUUAUGAAAUUACGUCGAGCGGUAUUGCACCCGAGUCUCGUUUUGCCCGAGAAUGAGGAUGGCACCUCGUCCGACACGGGAGGCGGCAUUGUCGACAUCAACGAAUUGAUUGGUCAGCUUGCGAACGGUGGGCAAGGUUCCGAGGAGACCAGUGGCGGUUAUGCGCAAACUGUUCUGAAUAGUCUAUCCAUGAAGGAAGACGAAGAAUGUCCGAUCUGUAUGGAUUGCAUGCAGGAACCUGUGCUUCUUCCUAUCUGUGCACACAAAUGCUGCAAGGAUUGCAUUCUGGCGUUCCUACAGCGUCAGUCAGAGAAUGGAGAAGAAGGCUCUUGUCCGGUGUGCCGUUGCGGACCUGUGAAGGAGGAGCAGCUUUUAGAAAUAGUCCGACGAAAGAAGGCGAGAGCUAUGAGCAUUGGAAUAGCUCCUGAAGCGGAGGAGAUCAUUUCGGAUGAAGCCCCUUCCUCGUCUCCAGCAUUUGAGUUGCGCAGAAAUGAUUUCAAGAGUUCUACGAAGUUAAAUGCAUUGAUUCAACAUCUACGUCGACUGAGAGACCAGGAUCCCUGUUUCAGGGCCAUUAUUUUCUCACAGUUCACAAGCUUUCUUGAUCUGAUCGAAAUCGUCUUGGACCGAGAGGGCUUAGCAUGGUACCGCCUUGAUGGUUCUACCGAGAUUAAGAAGAGGCAUCAGGCUAUUUCCAACUUCAAUAAGCCUUCUCGAGCACCAAAGGUCUUCAUGCUGAGUUUAAAAGCUGGCGGAGUUGGUCUCAACCUGACAUCGGCAAACCAUGUGUUUAUGAUGGACUGUUGGUGGAAUGCGGCGAUUGAAAAUCAAGCAAUCGAUCGAGUACAUCGAAUAGGACAGGAGAAAACUGUCUUCGUAACGCAUUUCAUUGUUUCGAAUACAAUCGAGGGACGAAUUCUCACGAUACAGAAGAGGAAAACUGCAAUCAUCAAAGAAGCCUUCAAGGGUCAAAGUGGGGCUGAUUCCGAAUCGAUGGAGAAUCUCAGGAUCAUGUUCGGUGAAGAAUGA